AUUGCGGCUAAAAGCCAAAGUUAGAUCUACUCCGAUAGUAUGGCAUGUAGUCAGCAAUCCCGUCCUGCCCCCACCAGACUAUGAACGACGAUCAUUAUUGUUAUCGGCCCAUAUAAAGUAUAUUUCUUACUUUUUACUGUAGGUAGCAAAACGACGACUCGAGAUCUCACAUGCCGGCAGUUAGUUCUUUCCCUCACCCGCCAUCAACCACCAGUACCAGCACCACCGUUAUAAUUAUUAUCAUUGUAGCAAUUGUAACACGCAGUCAAUCCACGAUCAAUCGCAGCUUCUUCCGCAUUAACAAUCAGUUUCUUGGCCGCUCCUCCCCUCUCUGCCCCACCACCGCCGUCGCUGGCACCAUCAAUCACGGAUGUCUGCCCUCCGUGCCUUCCCCCCCACUCAAUCCGCCAUGGCUCGCUCCUCAAGAACGGCCACUGCCAAUUCUACCCCUCCAUAUUAUCCAGAAAGAACAAAACCAAGCAACGCUGCAAAAUAAUCGUCCGUCUCGUCUUUGUGUCCCAUCUGCCGCUGCAACAGUACCAGUCACAGUCAUCUUCCCCUCAAUAAUCAGUACACCAGCGUCUCAACGGACAAAAUGGCCAUCGGUGUCGCGAUUAUAGGCUCUGGCAUCUUUGCCACUGAGCAGCACCUCCCCGCCGUCGAAUCCACGCCCGUCCUCAAACUCAAAGCCAUCUUCUCGCGCUCCCUCGUCGCGGCCACCACACUCGCCACCGUCGCCAAGGGCGACGUCGACACCUACGCCGACGACAAUAAUGGCAAAGACUACGCCGCUCUCCUCGCCCGCUCGGACAUCACCGCGGUUAUCAUCGCACUGCCCAUCAAUGUGCAGCCUGUGUACAUCGAGGCCGCGCUCGCGGCUGGGAAACACGUGCUCUCCGAGAAGCCGAUUGCGAACGACAUUGAAGCGGCCGAGAAGCUGAUCCACUUCUACACGGCGAUGAAGGAGAAGGGAACCAAGGCGACGUGGGCAGUUGCAGAGAAUUUUAGGUUUCUGGCACCUUUCAGGUUUGCUAGACAGGAGAUUGAGAAGUUAGGGGGAGUGGUGGGGUUCAGGAUUAAGGUGUUCCAACAUGUGAAGGCUGGGACGAAGUAUUUUGAAACCGAGUGGCGCAAGAUCCCAUCCUACCAAGGGGGGUUCCUUCUUGAUGGCGGCGUGCACUUCACAGCCGGCACACGCCUCCUCCUCGGCUCCGUCAACCGCCCCGUCUCCCUCUCGGCAUACACUGCGCUCAUCCAGCCGCACUUGCCGCCCAUUGACACUGUUAACUCGAUCUGGCAGACUGCCAAAGGCAUAUCGGGGACUGUGCAAAUCAGCUUCGGCACGUCGCUGAGCGGGGAUGAAUACACCAUUGCUUGCUACGAUGGCAGCGUGAGCGUGAGCAGGGACACGGUUAGUGUUCACACUGGGGAGGAGAAGGACGGCAACGUGACGAAGAGAGUGCUUCUUUCUAGCGGAAGUGGAGUGAAGGCCGAGGUGCAGGCGUGGGCCGAGGGGAUAGAGGCCGGGAAGGAGAAUCCCCUCCAGAGCCCUGCGGAGGCGUUGGCGGAUCUGGAGCUGUUGGAGGCUAUGAUAAAGAGUGGAGAGGGCGACGGGGUAAAGGUUUUGUUGACGAGACAGGAAGUCUAAAGCCUGCGUUCCUAUGUGCUUAUAUACCCACAGAGGUAGUUUUGACGAGGGAGGGGUAAAGGCCAUGUGCCUAUAUGUUUAUAUGCUCGGCGGCGGUUGCUGACAGAAUCAAAGGGGUGGGAUAUGAGUAUAUCGCCUACAUCGCUACCCCUGAGGGGCUGGGUCGGAAUCAUGGCGACGUGGUGCAUUACGCACAGAUACAGCAUUAUUCUAUAGCUAUGACAUGGCAUUACUCUUUACAAUCAGUCACUCACUACACAUCCGUCGGCGUGAAUCGCAGCAUCCCUUUUUCGCAGCGAAUAUGCAACAUGGCUCACAGUUGGUAGAAUCACAGGACAGCCAGACAAAUUUAUAUCAUUCGCCCUCUAUCCUCUAUCUCUGACAUGCCAAUCAUCUGCUAAAGUUCAACUUGCAGUAACACAAUUACCGCGCUCAUCACAAUAAACCACAUACAUCCCAGCCAAACACUCGACAAGCACUAUGUGCAAAACAAUCUACUCUAUCCACCGGUGCGGGCACCCCGCCUCCCCCAUCCCGCUGUUCUACCGCUACCGCCCGCACCAGGGGUUAGACGACGCGGAAGCGCGGAGAGGGGCUGAGGAGGUACAGAGGCAUCUCCUGUUUGACUGCGCUGCUUGUCGCAAGGAGGUAGGCGAGAGAGGUGGGAAGGGAGGUGGGGGGAAGAUAUGGAAGCAUGGGGGGAGAGGUAUAGGGUGCGGGCGUUGUGUUGUUAUGUGAUGGUUGGAUGACCUUGAUGCGGGU